AUGGACGAUCCGAUGCCAAUGACGUUAAGUUUGCCAACACAAAAUACGCAAAAUUUCGAUGGAACAGAUGAUGAUGCAGAUAUUAAUCAACGAUCAGAUGUAUGGGGUCGGCUAUUAUCUAUGAAUAAACUCUUUUCGCCUCUAAGCUUGAGCGAACAAGAGUAUUCCUUCGGGCGUGGAAAAACUUGCUCAAUCAAGUUUGAUUCCGGUGAAAUUCAAACGACGAAAUAUUAUCCAACUUACUCGUCUGUGCAUUUCAAGAUCAUUCAUGAUGAAAUCAAAAACUAUGUAUAUCUAGAAGAUUUAUCAUCGAAUGGCACGUAUGUUAAUGGAGAGAAAAUCGGAAAGAAUAAAAAACAAAUCUUAGAAAAUAACGCUGAAAUCGCUCUAUCGUCCAAAACGCAUCGCGUGUAUAUCUAUAUGGAUGCAAAUGCAUCAGAAGAUACUUCAAUUCCAGCUGUGAUCAAACAGAAAUACAUUGUUUCAAAACCAAUUGGGCGUGGUGCCUAUGGCGAAGUGAAAUUAUGCUUCUUACGAGAUACUUGUGAUCGUUAUGCUAUGAAGAUUAUUGCCAAGAAAACGUUUACACAUCUUGGUCCACAAGCUCUAGUGUUCAAUCAACAAAUCAAAAGUGAAUGCUCAAUCUUACAACGUUUAAACCAUCCAUGUAUCAUUCGUAUUCAUGACGUUCAUGAAACUCACGAUGCACUUUACAUCAUACUUGAAUUAGUUGAAGGUGGUGAGUUGUUCGAUCGAAUUGUAGCUCAUGGUCAGUUCGAUGAAAGUACAAGUAAAUUUCUCUUUCGUCAAAUGUGCAUCGGGGUGAAAUAUCUCCAUGACAGCUCAAUAACACAUCGUGAUUUGAAACCGGAGAAUGUUUUGUUGACAUCACCAGAAACGACUGAAGCAUUAAUUAAAAUAACUGAUUUUGGUCUAUCCAGAUUAAUCAACGAAACAUCGUUGAUGAAAACAUUCUGUGGAACACCAAAUUAUCUCGCACCGGAGAUUUUAGCAAGUCGUGGCGAAGGAAGCUAUACAAAUAAAGUCGAUGUUUGGAGUUUAGGUGUUAUUUUAUACAUAUGCUUAGUUGGCUAUCCACCUUUUAGUGAAUCGCCUGAUUCGUUACCUUUAACUGAACAAAUUCUCAAAGGUCUUUAUACAUUUCCUGAUGAAUUCUGGUCAGAUGUUUCCGAUGUUGCCAAAGAUCUCAUUCGCCAAAUGAUGUGUGUUGAUCCAAACAAACGAUUGACUAUAGCCGGUGUACUUCAACAUCCAUGGUUAGCAAAUGAUCAUGAAAAUACGAAUCGCGUUGAGAAAAUUGUGAAUGUCCAGCUCCCGCCCGUAAAGACAUGUAAACGCUCUGCGACCAAUGAUGACUCCGCUAUGGAUCAAGAUACUGAUGUACUGUCAACAGGUUCGAUUUCAAAUGGAAGAGCCAAACGUAUAAAACAUUAA